AGCAGAGCAGUGCGAGAUAAGGGCACGACUUCCAAACUGUCCGACAUGGGUCUAAUCGGACGAAUCUGUAGCUUCUUCCUUGUGUGUUCAUCAUCCCAAACCACCAAACAGACCGAAGAUUCUCAGCCAGUACUACUGCCGAACCUGCCCCCUGAAAUCAUUGUCGAAAUAUUGUCCAGGCUUCCCGUCAAGCCGUUGCUGCGAUUAAGGUGCGUUUGCAAGUCAUGGCGUUCUUUGAUUUCUCAUCGCCAAUUCGCAAAAACCCAUCUCAGUCUAGCAUCAUCCAUGGGCACUUUUUAUACCAGCCAUAGACUCUUAAUAAUCGGACUCUCUUCCGGUGUAACGUCGUGCUCUCUUUGCUCUAUUUUGAAGGAGCGUUCUGAUAUUGAUGUUGUCGAACUUGAUUACCCUCUCUGUGGUGAGACACGUGGAGUAUGUGGAGGAGUAAGGAUUUUAGGUUGUUGUGAUGGGUUAAUGUGCAUCCAAAGUAAAUGUACUUUAUUUCUAUGGAACCCGUCAACGAGGAAAUCCAAGAAAUUGCCCAGUCUUAAUCUGCCGCCCGCUCAUGUGGUACUUGAUGGGUUUGGUUUGGGUUAUGACGCCUCUAUUGAUGAUUACAAAGUGGUGUUAAUGCUUAAAGAUAGGCGUAGCAUUGGCAUUGCUUUGGAAGUGAAAGUGUAUACGUUGAGGACCGAUUCGUGGAGAAGGAUUGGAGACUUUCCUCAUGAUCGUCCUUAUUUUCGUCUUCAUCCUGGGGUAUUUCUCAACGGGGCCCUCCAUUGGAAGUUGGACACCAAUAGGCUUAUUGUUUCCAUGGAUUUGGCGAAGGAGACCUACGGAGAGUUUUUGGAACCCGAGUAUCAACAUGGUUGUUCCUAUGAGAUGUUGUGUGCUUUCAGUGGAUGCCUGUGUGUACUAUAUCAUGACUACCACCGCACUUGUGUUGAUUUAUGGGUGUUGAAGGAAUAUGGUAUAAGAGAGUCUUGGACCAAGUUGGUUGUGGUACCUUAUGUGACAAGUCCAUCCUAUUUAAAGUUUGCCAUGCCAGUUUGCAUUUUGAAGAAUGGUGAAGUUUUAUUGAAAACCCAUAAGCAUUUAGUUCGAUGCAAUCCAAAAGUUGGCACAUUUACCUAUCGUCCGAUUCCUAUUGAUUUAGCGUUUUCUAAUGUGCAUCUCUACGUUGAGAGCCUAGUCUCGGUUGAUAUGGAUGCUGACGGUGGGGUUCCAUGGCAACACCUAUAUUGAGGAAUGAAGGUAAGUUUAGAUUGUCGGAUUUUGUCUUACUAGCCUUUCCCCACUCAUUUGAAAGAAUGCCGUGUUAUUAUAUAUGUACUUUCGUGUCUUUUUAAUCUCUUAGUGACGUUCU